AUGCCCUCUGAAAUCCAUGCAGUGAUGACUGGAAGGUUUGCCACCAUUUUGGGCAUUGUGUUGGGAUCCUCCAAAUCCUUCGGGGCAGAUACUGAUUCCUAAGUUUGGCCUUACUGAUUGAUGCAUCAUCCUUGCUUGAUUUCUGCCUCUAUGAUGGCUGCUCCUUCUGCUCUUGCCUUGUCAAAUGAUAACUUGGAUGAGUCCAAGUUCAAGAAUAUGGAGGAGGUAAAAUCACCCUAUGCAUGAGAGAAGAAUGUCCUGGAAGCUAUCAGUAGAACCAUGGAUGCCAUAGACCAUUUUGGUAAUGUAGCAGCUAUCCUCAUUGCCUUUAUGGGCGUGUUGUCCUACAUCAAUGUUGCCCUCUCCUGGCUAGGAGAAUUGGUAGACAUUCAGAAACUCCCUUUCCAGGUCAACUGCUCCUACAUACUAAAGCCCAUGGUUUUCAUGAUGGGUGUAGAGUGGGCAGACUAUUCUGUGAGUAUGAUGGUGGAGAUCAAGUUCUUCACAAAUGAGUUGGUGGCUUGUCAGCAACUGUCUCAAUAUAAGAACAAACAUCUUUCUGCAGAAGAGUGGAUUGGGGGAGAGAAACAGUGGAUUUCUGUAAGACCGCACUGCAAUAGCAGGAAGCCUGACAACACCAUCACCUGCAAAAACAGUCUCACAAGCGGGAGGAGCGAGCAGGAAAAUCUGGUACUGAACUCAGCAAAUCUGGUACUGAACUCAGCAAAUGCUACGCCGACCCCUAGGGCUAAGAGGCACCCUCAGAAGGCUAAAGUAAUUUGGUCAGAAGAAGACUGGGCGGCGCAGUGCUUCCUGGGAGGCGCGCAACGGAGACCAAACGCUCUCGGGCUCCUUCCUGGGGGCGGGGCAAACGUGCCACUCGGCGUCCUGGGAAGCGCCAGAGCGCCUGCGGCAGGUUUCCGCAUGGAAGUCUCACCCUUUCCCCGUACCCCACACCCGCAGCUCAGGUACAGGAUUCUCAAGCAGAAAAGGGUGGAGGCUAAGGGAGAGCGGGCAAGAGAAAAGAGGACCGGAGAAGUGGGGUUUGUGGAAGGGGGCCUCUGGUGGGAUGUGGGGUAUCAGUGUGGAAAGGAGACCUUGGGCUUGAGGAAAGGAGGAGAGUGGCAGACUGGGUCACUGAAUGGGUGGAGUCGGAUUUCUAACCACUGGAAAGCGUCUCGUGCAUAUUGUUCCACAGCCUGA